CGCAUGAUGCUCCAGGUAUAAAUAUGUUUGGUGUCAGACUUUGACACAUUAAGAGCUUCGUUCCGAACCCUGAGCAUCGGCUGGAAGACAAAAUACAAUAUGCGUGAGUGCAUUUCCGUUCAUGUUGGCCAAGCUGGAACGCAGAUUGGAAAUGCAUGCUGGGAGCUUUACUGUCUGGAGCACGGUAUCCAGCCGGACGGACAGCUGCCGAGUGAUAAGACAAUAGGAGGAGGAGACGAUUCCUUCAACACCUUCUUCAGUGAGACGGCUUCUGGGAAACAUGUUCCACGUGCCAUCUUUGUUGAUCUGGAACCCACUGUGAUUGACGAAGUACGGACAGGCACCUACCGCCAGCUCUUUCACCCAGAACAACUCAUCACUGGAAAAGAAGACGCUGCCAAUAACUAUGCCAGAGGACACUACACCAUCGGCAAGGAGAUCAUUGACUCAGUUCUGGAUCGGAUUCGCAAACUGACUGAUCAGUGCACUGGCCUCCAAGGUUUCCUGGUGUUCCACAGUUUUGGUGGAGGUACUGGCUCUGGCUUCACUUCCCUGCUGAUGGAGCGUCUCUCUGUCGACUACGGCAAGAAGUCCAAGCUCGAGUUUGCCAUCUAUCCUGCUCCUCAAGUGUCCACAGCGGUGGUGGAGCCCUACAACUCCAUCCUGACCACCCACACCACCCUGGAGCACUCCGAUUGUGCCUUCAUGGUGGACAACGAAGCCAUCUAUGACAUCUGUCGUAAAAACCUGGACAUUGAGCGUCCGAGUUACACCAACCUCAACAGGCUCAUUGGGCAGAUUGUAUCCUCCAUCACGGCCUCGCUGAGAUUUGACGGAGCUCUGAAUGUGGAUCUCACUGAAUUCCAAACCAACUUGGUGCCCUACCCACGUAUCCAUUUCCCCCUGGCUACAUACGCUCCAGUGAUCUCUGCUGAAAAGGCGUAUCACGAGCAGUUUUCUGUGGCUGACAUAACCAAUGCCUGCUUUGAGCCGUCAAAUCAGAUGGUGAAAUGUGAUCCUCGAAAUGGUAAAUACAUGGCCUGCUGUCUUCUGUAUCGUGGAGAUGUGGUGCCCAAAGACGUCAAUUCUGCCAUCGCUACUAUCAAGACCAAACGCACCAUCCAGUUUGUUGACUGGUGCCCCACUGGAUUCAAAGUAGGAAUCAACUAUCAGCCUCCAACAGUGGUUCCUGGUGGAGAUCUGGCCAAAGUACAGAGAGCUGUUUGCAUGUUGAGCAACACUACAGCCAUUGCUGAGGCCUGGGCUCGUCUAGACCACAAAUUUGACCUGAUGUACGCCAAGAGAGCCUUUGUGCACUGGUAUGUGGGUGAGGGAAUGGAGGAAGGAGAGUUUUCAGAGGCCAGAGAAGACAUGGCAGCUCUGGAGAAGGAUUAUGAAGAAGUCGGCACUGACAGCGUGGGAGAUGAUGAGGAUGGAGUGGAAUUUUAAAUGUUGUUUUUUGUAAUCUUAUGGGUAAUCAGAUAUUUUAAUCUGAUAAAAUUAGUUUUAGCGUGUUCUUUUUGGAAGGCUAUGUUUUCUUUGAUAUCACUUUAUAAUGCUAUUUUAUAACUUAACAUUAGUUAAUGCAAUAGCCACAUAAAACAAAAAUGAAUACUUUUACAGCA